AUGGAUCAGCCCGUUACAGAGAGAACCAAGUUGCUUUCUGAGAAUCCGUAUGAGGGAAGUGAGGAAUCCGAAUUGAUAUCAGGACAUAUUAGUUCUGAAGGAAGCAAUUUGUCGGCAGCAAGUGAUGGCCUUGUUAACGAAGGCAGCGGGAAUCUCACAAGCAGUAAGACUUAUGGACAUGAUGGAAAAAAGCAUGCAAUUAGUAAAAAUUACUUUGCAAAAGCUUCGGGUGCUAAGGAUAAAAGAAAAAAAGCAUUGGCCCACGACUUAGGUCCUAGGAUGAAGCCGCAAAGAACAAGUAAAAACAGCCAAAAGCUGAAGUUGUUACCCGAGGCUUUAGAUUAUGAGUCAGGUGAAGAUGAUGUCAGGCAAAUGUCUUUGAAAAAGAUUAAAGACAUGCCGGCUCGAAAAGAUGCCGAAAGGUUAGGACGGAAAGAAAGGAAUAUUCUUCCAAGGGUUACUGCAUAUUGCACGGCAGGUGCUUAUAGAAUGAGGGAUCUGAUACGCUGGCUUCAGGAUAAGAAGCGUAUUCAUUCAACGGCACCAAAGUUAUUUGAUGAAUGUAUUUAUACCCCGUUUGCAUACAAAGAUUGGAGGCAUAAAAGCAGAAGUUGGGAUAUGCUUCAAAAUUACAGAGAUCCCAGUUAUGGUAUGUCUGAGGAAUCAGAAACUAAUUUCAUUCGAUUGGAUGCAGAAGGUGGUGAUAUUAAGGUUGGGAAAUUGUCGACUGGUGUUUUCAUUUUUGAGUACGGUGUAGUUGUGAUGUGGGGAUUCAAUAAAAAGGAAGAGCAAGCCUUUUUAGAUGAUCUGGCUAGAUUUGAGAGCGACAAGCUUUCUGAUGAAAACGUUCAAAUGGAAGAGUUCAAUUAUUAUGUGACACGAAGUUACCAGCCGAGAAUCUACAACGAUUUCAUCUCGUUAAGAGACGAUGCAAACUACAUGACGAAGCUUAGUAUCUCCUACGCAAUAUCGCAAUCAGUGAAGAUAUCGUUGUUUGAAGAGUUGGUCGAUAAUACAAUUGAAGAUACCCAGGACAUACCUGAGCAAAUAUCAAAGACAGGUAAAGUGGAGAUGACCAAAGAUGAAAUAAUGAAGUCUAUAGGUGAGUUAUUUAUUCUCAGAAUCAAUAUCAACCUGCAUGGUGCAAUCCUAGACUCACCCGAGCUCAUGUGGUCCGAACCUCAGCUUGAGCCAAUUUAUCAAGCCACGAGAGGUUAUUUAGAAAUUAACCAACGGGUCACCUUAUUAAAUCAGAGAUUGGAGGUUAUAUCUGAUUUGUUGCAGAUGUUGAAAGAGCAACUUACGCAUAAUGAUGACGAACAAAUAGAGAUGAUUGUUAUUUUACUCAUAGCUGCAGAGGUGUUUGUCUCUAUGAUUAACAUUAUAGUUGAUUUAAUUGCUGAGAGAAAAUAA